GUUCAGAUCAAUGUCACCGAAGUUAUUUUGGCUGUAUCAUAUAGGGCUGCAGAAAUGGAAGAAGAACUUUGCAAAGAAGCAGAAAAAUUAGGGGUUACUCUUAUUUUUUCUCACGAACAGCAACCUCUUGGCACAGCUGGGCCCUUAGCACUUGCAAGAGAUGCUUUGUCUAUUGAUGAAAGUCCAUUCUUUGUUUUAAACUCCGAUAUUAUUUGUGAUUUUCCGUUCAAAAAACUAUUGCAGUUUCAUAAGAAUCACGGUAAGGAGGGUACAAUUGUUGUCACAAAAGUUGAAGAGCCGUCGAAAUACGGAGUUGUUGUCUACGAUGAUGAUGGAAAAAUUAAUAGUUUUGUCGAAAAACCAGUUGAAUUUAUAUCCAACAAAAUCAAUGCAGGUUUGUUUUUACUAGUUAUUCUUUUAUAG